GGAAGACCUCUGUGGCGGAGCCUGAGGAUAUCGUCAACAACAGAAGCAGGAAGUGCUGACUUCAACCUGGACACCAAAACAACCACAGCCAUGUGCUCCAUGAACAAUCCAAACUGGGUGACCUUUGAGGAUGAGGGGAGUACGUCUACGUCCCCUUCUUUUGCCUCAACCCCCUUGAAGAUCCCAGAGAGUGGGACAAAGUUGGCCUCAACACCCCUGAAGUCACCAGGGGCAAAGAUAGGGUCACCCCCUUCCUUUGCCUCUACACCCCUGAAGACACCCCCAGGUAGUGUGACAACGACAGGGUUAAAGACAAUCCCCCGUCCCAAUGGCCUAAAGCUGGUCCUCCCCCCAGUGGGAGAUCCAUCCUGGAUCUUCAGCAGUUCCCCUCCAAUGCACUUUAACCUCAACGGAAGUUCCUGUGUGCCCUGCAACACUCCUCUUUGCACUCCGGUGAGGGAGGUUCCUCCUACCGGCGCGUUACCUUUCCAUUGCAGGCCCUGGGAUCAGCACGAUUUCUUCCGUAGUUUUUCCAGUUCAUCCUCUGCCUCUGUGCCUUAUUCUUCUUCUCCCCCUGGCCCAGACCAGGCCACCACUACCGGCACCACCACACAUCCCCAGGGUGACGUCUCCGAUGGCCCCAGUACCUUCCCCUCCUUCCAGGGGGACCCGGGACAUUUCAACCCAUUCUGGGAGGGGGCUGGUGGGCAUAGCGUGGACUCUGGGAGCUCAUCUUCUGACUCUGAGUCUGGAGGUUCUAGUCUGCCUCGCUUCUUCAUCCGGACGAAAGACGGCAACGAGCCUCGUCGACCAGACCACCUCCAGAGCUCCUUCUCCUACAUCUGCCACAAGCUGGAGGGCCUGCGGGCCGAGGAAGACAACGAUGCAGAGGAAGGAGUAGUGAUGGAUAGAGGGGAGAGGAGAGGAGGAAGAGACAGGGAGGCAGUCAGGGAGGGACCAUCGCCAGCCUUCGUCUCUCACGGUCUGUUCCGUAGCGAGAAGAGAGACGGUUGGUCUUUAAUGCUGAGGAUCCCAGAGAAGAAAAACCGAAUGUCGUCCCGACAGUGGGGCCCCAUCUACCUGCGUCUGCUGUCUGGAGGGGUGCUCCAGAUGUACUAUGAGAAAGGACUGGAGAAGCCCUUCAAAGAGUUCCAGCUGCAGCCUCACUGCAGGUUGUCAGAUCUCAAGCUGGAGAGCAAUGGAGAGCCUCGCAAGAUCCAGACAGUGAAGGUGGAGCACGUGUCUUACACAGAGAAGAAGCGCUACCACCCCAAGGUAAUAGGGGGGAGACACAAUUGAGGUUUUUAAAUCACGUUUAAAAACACACCUUUUUAGCUUGGCGUUUAAUCAAUGAUAUUAUUGUUAUAGAUUUAAUCAUAUUGUUUUACUGUGUGUUGAGAUUUUAAAUGCAUAAAGUUUGAUUUGAAGCUGGAGGUGUCCCACGAGGCAGAGGUGGAGCAGUUGCUGAAGUUUGGAACCACAGAACAUGGCGACAUGGAGGACCUCUUCGAAACUAUGGAGGAGGAGCUUCUCAGGCUGGCCCCGCCCCCGUUGCAGAAACGACACUACGAUGAACAGGAGAUGACAUUGCAGAUCACAGACCACCUCUGGGUGCAGCUGGACAAGGUGCAUUUACUUCUUCUUCCACUACCAUACAACUACUGUAAGACAGCUGACGCAAGCACACACAUUUUGUUCAGGAAAUGUAACUUUGCUAGUGUAGUUCAUUGGUAUUUCAGCAUUAUUACAAGUUCUUAAAAGCAGUCGUUAUUAAAAACAAAUGUAUUAAUUGCUUAGUUACUUAUUAUAUAAAACAUUGAUAGCCUAAAUAAUAAGGUUAUACAUUUCUAUGAAUGUCUUUUCCUAAAUUCUUUCACAUAAAAAUGAUUCCCUACCUAUUUUGUAUAUAUUGCAUGCCCCUUGGGGAUCCUUUUUUGCCACUCGACCUCUCAUUUGCUAAAAUCAGAAGAUACAUUUUUCAAGGACGGUGUGGUGAUGGACCGGGCGGCCAUGACGAGGAUCCACUGCCUGGCGUUCCUCAACGGCCCAGGGGAGUGCUUCCUGGCUCUCAACGACUUGGGGCUUCUACGCUUCGAUGCCAGCUACGGCUCUGGCUCCGAGGAGGUUUAGUAUUAGUUUCUUAACAUGCAUAUCAACACACAAACAUAACAUUUUAACACACAUAUACAGUGAGGGAAAAAAGUAUUUGAUCCCCUGCUGAUUUUGUACGUUUGCCCACUGACAAUGACAUGAUCAGUCUAUAAUUUUAAUGGUAGGUUUAUUUGAACAGUGAGAGACAGAAUAACAACAAACAAAUCCAGAAAAACACAUGUCAAAAAUGUUAGAAAUUGAUUUGCAUUUUAAUGAGGGAAAUAAGUAUUUGACCCCUCUGCAAAACAUGACUUAGUACUUGGUGGCAAAACCCUUGUUAGCAAUCACAGAGGUCAGACGUUUCUUGUAGUUGGCCACCAGGUUUGCACACAUCUCAGGAGGGAUUUUCUCCCACUCCUCUUUGCAGAUCUUCUCCAAGUCAUUAAGGUUUCGAACCUUCAGCUCCCUCCACAGAUUUUUUAUGGGAUUAAGGUCUGGAGACUGGCUAGGCCACUCCAGGACCUUAAUGUGCUUCUUCUUGAGCCACUCCUUUGUUGCCUUGGCCAUGUGUUUUGGGUCAUUGUCAUGCUGGAACACUCAUCCACGACCCAUUUUCAAUGCCCUGGCUGAGGGAAGGAGGUUCUCACCCAAGAUUUGACGGUACAUGGCCCCGUUCAUCAUCUCUUUGAUGCAGUGAAGUUGUCCUGUCCCCUUAGCAGAAAGAUGGUGUUCUUGGGGUCAUAGGCAGCAUUCUUCCUCCUCCAAACACGUCGAAUUGAGUUGAUGCCAAAGAGCUCGAUUUUGGUCUCAUCUGACCACAACACUUUCACCCAGCUCUCCUUUGAAUCAUUCAGAUGUUCAUUGGCAAACUUCAGACGGCCCUGUAUAUGUGCUUUCUUGAGCAGGGGGACCUUGCGGGCGCUGCAGGAUUUCAGUCCUUCACAGCGUAGUGUGUUACCAAUUGUUUUCUUGGUGACUAUGGUCCCAGCUGCCUUGAGAUCAUUGACAAGAUCCUCCCGUGUAGUUCUGGGCUGAUUCCUCACCGUUCUCAUGAUCAUUGCAACUCCACAAGGUGAGAACUUGCAUGGAGCCCCAGGCCGAGGGAGAUUGACAGUUAUUUUGUGUUUCUUCCAUUUGCGAAUAAUCGCACCAGCUGUUGUCACCUUCUCACCAAGCUGCUUGGCGAUGGUCUUGUAGCCCAUUCCAGCCUUGUGUAGGUCUACAAUCUUGUCCCUGACAUCCUUGGAGAGCUCUUUGGUCUUGGCCAUGGUGGAGAGUUUGGAAUCUGAUUGAUUGAUUGAUUGCUUCUGUGGACAGGUGUCUUUUAUACAGUUAACAAGAUGAGAUUAGGAGCACUCCCUUUAAUAAUAAUCUCAGCUCGUUACCUGUAUAAAAGACACCUGGGAGCCAGAAAUCUUUCUGAUUGAGAUGGGGGUCAAAUACUUAUUUCCCUCAUUAAAAUGCAAAUCAAUUUAUAACAUUUUUGACAUGCAUUUUUCUGGAUUUUUUUGUUGUUAUUCUGUCUCUCACUGUUCAAAUAAACCUACCAUUAAAAUUAUAGACUGAUCAUGUCUUUGUCAGUGGGCAAACGUACAAAAUCAGCAGGGGAUCAAAUACUUUUUUCCCUCACUGUAAAUGCCUAGCCAUACAAUUUUAAGCCACAUAUCAAAGCACCAUUUUAUCACAAAUAUUAACACGAAAACAUACAAUUUAAUUUUCAUAUCAAAAGACAACACGAUAAGUAAAAUCAUCCAGGAUGACCCAAAAACUCAAGACAGGCCUCUUUCCAUUGUGGUCUUCUAAUUUCCAUUGUGGUCUUUCAGGAUGACCUCCUGGAGGGUUGGAUGGAGAUCAGCGACUGCCACUUCCACAAGUGCAUCAACGACUUGGAGUUCCACAGGUCCCGGCUGCUCAAGUUCUCUCCUCCGGAUGCCUGUAGAGUAGAGCUGAUGCGCUACAAGACAUUAGCCCUGGGAUGUACCGAGCUACCCUUCUCCGUCAAAGCCGUGGUGACUGUCCAAGGGGCCUACGUGGAACUCCAAGCCUUUCUCAACAUGUCAGCCGCCUUCCCGUCAUUUACCGGAGUGCCGGAGACUCAGCCGCUCUGUGAAAAUGUCCUGAUCCGUGUGCCGGUACCGGGGGACUGGGUGAAGUUGUCGCGUACAGUGACGUUGCUACGACGUAAGUCACUGACGGCCAGGAUGAACCGGAACGCGUGUCUGGGGUCAGUCAGCGCUUCAGAGUCACAGCCAGUCAUGCAGGUUACCGUGGGGACGGUCAAGUAUGAGAAUGUGUACUCAGCCAUCGUGUGGAGGAUCGACAGACUGCCUGCUAAGAACAUGGGUAAGGACUAAAAGGAAGAGCCUGGCUGUCUAUUGAUGAUCGAUUGAUGAUGGGGGUCUAUUGAUAUUCAUCUAUUGAUCUCUUUUCAUAUGGAAUGCUGGCUCUAUAUGACAAUAUUGGCUUUAUUUUACAUGUUACAUUUACAACUUACCGAAAUGUUUCAAAAUAGGCUAUGUAAAAUGUAACUUAUGUUCCCUAAUCAGUUUAGCUACAAUACAUAGUAUUUAUAGUAUUAUGGUUUGUUAUACUAUUGCUUGGUUAAAUACUCAAUUCCAAUUGACUGAUGUUACAGUGAUUUGUUUGCAUUGUGCCAGAGAGGAUGGAAACAUGCAUCUUUCAGAUUCUGCUCAUAGUGCUCCCCCAAGUGGUAGAGAUUGCUAACUACACAUUCUCCCUUUUAUCUCACAGCAGUGGACCAUCCCCAUACCUUCUCCUGUAAGUUAGAGCUUGGUUCAGACCAGGAGAUCCCCACUGACUGGUACCCGUUUGUCACAAUGGAGUGUGACAUGGUGGGGGCCGUGGUCACACAGACCAGAGUGAAGUCACUGGGCACAGAGAGUGACAUUCAGCCUCAGAAACAUGUUACCAGUAGGACUCACUAUCAUUGUCAGGUAAGGCCUGAGAUAUUAUUAUUAUUAUUAGUUAACAAGUUUAAUAUCUAUAAUGUUUAGUAUUUAAAUGCUGUUUAAUAUCUAUAAUGCUGUUGUAGACCUAAUUUUGUUUGUUUCUAUUCCAAUCUAUUUCCCAAGCAGAAUCAUGCUUUGUGAUUAAUAAGGGUACAGGGUAUAUUUUAUACUGUAGUUAUUACUGUGACACCAGCUGACCAUGCCUAGGCUGGUCCUGUAGUGUAGCAAAAUCUUCUAUUGUUGUCAUUCCAUAGUGAUUAUUCCAUACCUAUUGAAACUGAACCGUAUCGGUCUGUCCUUUUACAGGUAGAAAUUGAGAAGAAGUGGAUUGAGACAGAAGCACAGGGGCAAUCAGGCUGCACAACACAGUAAUGAUUAUGAUGAAGGAAGUCUUAAAGGAUCAAGUCUCACAUUACCAUACUCCCAAGUCUCGUUCGUCGUGAGGAAGCCUGGAAUUGAGGCUAUACGCAGAAUGCCCAUUUCCUUUUGCCAACCAAACUCAUCCUCCCUGUUUCAAUACAAGGACAAAUGUUUAAAAGGGACAUCAUCUUUUAUAUUGUGUGUUCGUUGUGUACGUUUUAUCACCUAUAAGUCUGACAUAAUAUUGUUUGGCCCUGUUGUACUCCUGUAUGUAUGGAUAUUAACACGUUGUAUAGCCUGGGUGCCAGACAUGACAAUUUUGUAAGGGGUUGGCAAGAGAGCAGAAACAGACUGGCAGCCAGGCUAGUUCUAACCUGCAUGGUAGAAUAGAAGUAGGCUACAACAAACAAAAAUAUUAUCAUUGGAAGAACGAACAACCGAACACACAGCCCUACCAUCACAAUGCACUUUACAUUUCUCUCAGAAGAUUAUUCAUUGUGAAAUGACAGGAGGUUGAAGAAGCUCUCUUUAUAAAAGAGGAAAUACCAUGUAUAAUCUUGUAGACUUGCAUUUAACACACUCACAGGACUGGUUUUCCCGACACAGAUUAGGCACAGGAGGUUGCUGAGGGGAGAUCGGCUCAUAA